GUCUGAGGUCCUGCGAGUGAACACUAAUAAUUUAUUGACAUCUGAUCCUCUCUCAGUCACACGCCGAGUCUGUUACAGGUCGAUUGGCCUGUGCUCUAAAGGACAUCCAUCACAUAAGCACACAGCACAGCAGACACUGCAGAUCCAUUACAGUCUCCUACACUCCACAUCAUUUCUGAAUACUACUACUGGAAGAGCAUUAAAAUACUGAAAUCCUUUUAACCGAAAAUUACACCGAUUUUUAGCGUUAUCAGAAAAACAAACAAACAAAAAAACAACAACAAAGGAAAAGCAUAUAGGAUUGUGAAACCUGCUAAAUUACAGCACAUUUUUCCUUUGCAUCUGUAAAAGGCAUGCAUAAAGCUUACCAGCCACUCAAACCUGCUGCUAAUAAAUACCUGCAGAAGAAAUGGGACCAGGAGCACUAUGACGAGCAUCGAAAGAAGGUGAGGGAAGCCAAGCCCGUAGUAGACACCAAAGGCAUCCGAACGCCAACCCACAUUCAAGUAAAGCUAAAGAAAGCACAGGUUCAAGAGGAGAGGCAAGCCAUUAUCGACAGAGAUAACCAACUGCUUGCGUCCAGACUAGCUGAUAUUCAGCAUUCUAAAGGGCGCAUAAACCACAGGAACUUCUAUCCAGAGCGUAGUCUGAACUCUGAGAGGAGGAGGGCCGAGCUACUGCAGGUGACUCAUGAGAAUCAGACGAUCUAUAAGCGGAUCACAGCUCAGGAAUCUGAAUACAGGCAGGAACUGUGGGAGGAGGACUGGGCAAGGACCAAGCAAAGGCGAGAUGGUAUUACACGCUAUCCACAGGGAGUGGCUGAUAAGCAGAAGUUGAAGAAAAGUGUCAAGUUUUUGGGAGGAGCACCAGGCCGGACACUGAGCUCAUCCAGCAGAUCAGAAGAUGGCGAAACCACAGACGAAGAUCUCCAACAUCAGUGAUGACUCAUUCUUCCAGUGUCCUACCACCACUCACUAGUCAAUGACAUGGCACCCUUCAGAACAUUAAGAUCAUGAAUGUAUGUAUGUGAUUAAAAGGAACACCUGGAUUCCUAUAGGAAGACAUUCUCACUAUUUGAUUACGCUCCUAAAUCCUGAUGGCUUUCAUAGCCAGUGUUUGUUGACCACUGGGUGGCAGCAUGAUUCUGUAGAAUAAUGUCCUUCAUUCAUAUGCAAUAACCACUUUAUAAUUUAUUUCUAGUGAACUGAACAAACUCUGGCUCAAGUGUUUUUUAAAUUAAAACAGCUUGGAAGAUAGGUAGAAUUUCUCAGAAUAUUGCAUACUUCAGAAUUUCAACUGUUACAUAUACAUGAGUCCUUAUUUACCACAAAUUCACAAGUUUCUCAUCUUAGACCUGCAUGCUAUGAUGCUUUUUUGUGUCAUGAGUUUCAGUUUGAAAUGAAAACACAUUUAUGUAUGUUUUGUAUAUAUGUUUUCUACAGUAAUGGCUUUUAUUCCCUAAUACAUAUUUUUGAAUCCAUCAGACUUGUCCUAUCUACCAUAAAUAUUCAGCAUUUACUAAUCAAAAAAAAUAGGUAACCAGCAUAAAGGUAGAACAUUUAGUUGGGCAAAGGUUCAGUGCUUCUGCCAAUCUGACAUCCUGACUCCCAAAAUUUUAACUCUGGCCUUACUUCAUCUUGGUUCCCCAUUCAAAUGUUUAGUCUCUGCUUCAUGGCCUAUGAGUAUCAGACCUCUCAUGGAUGAAAUGAGAUGAUCAUUCAAAUAACUGCACUCAUUAAAAAUGAAAGGCAAAAACUCUCGGUAGUCCAGCUCUCACGCACUGGAGAAUUGUUAUAAAUAUUACCUCCACAUCGCUGAUCUGUGUCUCAAUCUGACUAAAAAUAUAUAUUGUAUAUUGUGAAGUACAGACUAUGAAGCUGAAUGGAAUGUGACUAUAUGCUUCUGAAUGUAAAUCUGCAAUAAGUCUGAUAAGGCUGUUGCUGUUACCCCGUUAUACAUUAUUAAUGAUAAAGGCAUC